AUGAAAACCGAUCUCGUAAUAGGCAUAUUGGUCUGUGACUGGCCACGCCAAGACGUCGUAGACGAAAUCGGAGGCUACGAUAUCGCAUUCGACAGAUUCCUACACAGGGCAACAGACUCUUACAACGACGAAUCAAAAGACAUGGACUCUGUAACAAUCAAGAACGUGAUUUUUGAUUGUACAAGGGGAGAACUACCGGCGGAUGCAUCACAAUUCGAUGCGUUUAUAAUGACUGGAUCAAAGUACAGUGCAUACGAUCCUGAUGAGUGGAUCAAGAAACUGAUUGGUUUCGUGGCUGCUACCGUACAAGACCUACCCACGACGAAAUGGCUCGGUGUGUGCUUUGGGCAGCAGAUACUAGCUCAAGCUCUGGGUGGAAAAGUUGAAAAGAAUCCUGAAGGAUGGGAGGCUGGUUGGGCAUAUGCAGCAUUCACAGAGGAAGGAUCAAGCAUUCUACGGACGUCGAAACCUCAUUUUGCUCUUCAGUAUUCGCAUCAGGACCACGUCUCUUUACUACCACCAGGAUUCAAAAUUCUCGCAUCAAAUUCCAUAUGUCCUGUGGAAGCAAUGUGUAAGGAUGACAAGAUACUUGCAGUGCAAGGUCAUCCUGAGUUCACACCAAACGUCCUACGAUGCAUCCUAAAAUACAGGCACUCAAUCGGGAUCUUUACAGACGAGUUCUACAACAAGUCACUCUCCACUAUUGAUAAACCGCUGGACAGUCUAUGGAUGGGACGUAAAUUUAUAGGAUUUCUGGUUGGGAAUAUACUCGAAGAGUGA